AUGGCUGCCACGGACUGGGAUUGGGCCGAGUCCCAUCCAGAGAAGCGGUGGGCUAUGAUCAUGAAGCUCAAGCGUUUCACAUUGUGGUCGCUCUACAUUUCCAUCGGGUCGAUGAUGCUGGGCUUUGACUUCUCUCUUGCCGGCACCCUGACAGCCUUUCCUUCGUUCCAGCAGCUGAUGGGCGUGCCAUACGCGGCCGAACCCUCGGGUUACCUCAUCACGGCCCGCGUGCAGUCUGCCUGGUCGGCCAUCUCGACCGUUGGCGACAUCGUCGGCAUUGUUAUCUCGAGUUUGAUCAUGGACCGCAUCGGCCGCAAGCACACCAUCUUCUUUGGCAUUGUCUUCACGUCCGUCGGCAUCGGCAUGCAGAUUGCCUCGCACGAGUGGACCCUCUUCCUGGGCGGCCGUCUUGUCAAUGCCGUCGGAUUUGGCGUCGUCUACGUCGUCUGCCCCGUGUGGAUCGGUGAGAACGUGCGGCCUGAGUUGCGUGGCUUGUUCUUGUGCUUCAUCAACGGCUCCAUCAUUCUGGGACAGUUUAUUCUCUCAUUGAUCGCCUACGGAACACAGCACAUCGAGGGCAAGUGGUCGUAUGAGUCGCUUAUCGUCUUGCAGUUCACAUACGUCUUCUUCCUCAUUAUAGGCUAUCCCUUCUUUCCCGAGUCGCCCUACUUUCUCCUGUCGAAAAGAAAGGACGCUGCCGCCGCUGAGAAGCAGUUGCGCCGCAUCUACGGCAGCAGCAAUCCGGCCCUCCUGACGGCCGAGCUCGCCCGCAUCCAGCGCCUCGUUGACGAAGACGAGUCUGCCAAGCGUCUUACACGCGCCCAAGGCCCACUCAUCCAGCAGUGCUUCCAGGGCACCAACCUCAAGCGCACCCUCAUCUCCCUCAUCCCGCCCGCCACCCAGCAGUUUAUUGGCGCUGCUUUUGUGCUCGGCUACAUUACCUACUUCUUGUCGCUCUUGCACAUCCAAAACUACUUUACUGUGUCGGUCGUACUCUACGUCGUCAUGUUCCUGAGCAACGCCUCCGCCUUCCCGCUCAUCGAGGUCGUUGGCCGCCGCCCGCUCAUGAUUGUCGGUAUUUUUUCCCUGACCGUCAUCGAGUUCCUUAUGGGUAUCAUGGGCGUCGUCAACAAUGCCGCUGCCCUCUGGGUCACCCUCGUGUGCAUUUUCCUCUGGGCCUUGGCUUACCAGGUGACCGUGGGCGCCGUCGGUCUUGCCGUCGCCGCCGAGGUGGCCACGCCCCGACUCCGCCCCAUUACCAUUUCGCUUGUGGGCUGCAUGCAGGGUGUCAGCGGCUGGCUUAUUGGCUUCGUGUCUCCGUACCUCAUCAACCCCGAUGCCGGUAACCUGGGCGCCAAGGUUGGCUUUGUCUUUGCCGGGUUCGGUGUGCCGUUGUGCAUUUUGAUAUAUUUCUACAUCCCCGAGACCAAAGGCCUCUCCUUUGAGGACUUGGACAUGCUCUUUGCGAACAAGGUCAGCACGCGCCACUUUACGCGCGAGGUCUACCGCCUGCGAGCCCAGCGUGACGCCGCAGAGGCCCGAGCCAUUGACAAAAACGGCAGCAACAGCAUUGGCGAGUCCAAGGAGGCCGGUGUCGUUACCGAGAUGGAGGAGAAGGAUACUGUGUAA